AUGAAAAACGCACGUAUGACAAAAUACUAUGGUAAAAUACCAAAACCAAGUAUGGAGACUUCAUCAAACCUGCCAAAUACUAACGAAACUAUUAAAAGAAGUCGAGAAGAAGUUGAAUUAUCUGAAGAUGAAAUAGUCGGUGACCCGGCUUUGCGAAAACCAAUUAAUGAUUAUUCGGUUAAUAUUCGAGAGGAAGUUGUUGAUCUUCUUCUUAAUGAAAUGAAUAAGUGUUUUACUAAGUCUAACUCGGAGUUGCUUACGUGUAUUGCGUGCCUUGAUCCUAUAGAUUCAUUUCAAUCUUUUGACCGUCAGAAGUUAUUACGGCUUGCCGAGUUAUAUUCAGAAGAUUUUACUCAAUUUGAUCUUGUUCAACUAAAGAUACAACUAGAUCGGUAUAUUUCAAGUAUAAGAAGUAAUGAAGCCUUUUCUGGUCUUCAAGAUAUUGGAUAA